AUCAUGGUUUGUUCCAGGCCGUAACCGGAAGUUUAGGGCUCUAUUGAAAAGGCAGGGAUCUGUCCUCGAUAAACUUGUCCUGUGUCGGGUAUCAGGUAAAACGGAAGAGCCAAAAUGUCGAGUAAACGGGCGAAGGGGAAGACCACGAAGAAGAGGCCCCAGAGGGCCACUUCCAACGUCUUCGCCAUGUUCGACCAAUCGCAGAUCCAGGAGUUCAAGGAGGCCUUCAACAUGAUCGACCAGAACCGCGACGGCUUCAUCGACAAGGAGGACCUGCACGACAUGCUGGCCUCGCUGGGUAAGAACCCCACAGACGAGUACCUGGAGGCCAUGAUGAACGAGGCCCCCGGCCCCAUCAACUUCACCAUGUUCCUCACCAUGUUCGGCGAGAAGCUCAACGGCACCGACCCGGAGGACGUCAUCCGGAACGCCUUCGCCUGCUUCGACGAGGAGGGCACAGGUGUGAUCCAGGAGGACUACCUGCGGGAGCUGCUGACCACCAUGGGCGACCGCUUCACGGACGAGGAAGUGGACGAGCUCUUCCGGGAGGCGCCAAUCGACAAGAAGGGCAACUUCAACUACGUGGCCUUCACCCGGAUCCUGAAGCAUGGCGCCAAGGACAAGGACGACUAGCCUAGCGCGGGGGCGGAGAAAUUAAAAAACCUCCCCACCCCCUCUCCUCCUCUUUACGGUCAGACACAUCGUGCUCAUCCAGGUUCUUACCUAUUAGAACACCACGCACAGAACGAGGUUUGGGAAGGGGGGGGGGGGAUGCUAAACAAAAUGGCGCCACUGUGGAACUCCUGAGGUAAAAAGAUAACUUGGCCUCUCUGCUCCUCCUGUCCGGUUUUUGAAGUUUCACCCGUCAAUCAUAUUUAAAAACAUGAAGUAACACUGAGUUUAAAAGAAACGUCACCGGGUCUCGGGAGCAGAAGGCGGGGUGUGUGUGUGUGCGUGCUGUGCAUGUGAACCCCAUUCCUGAAUGUGAAAACAGAAAAGGGAAAAUAUGAAGGAAACUCAUGAAUAAAUAAAUUAAACUGACUGUUGAUCUCAUGACCUGGUUUAGCUGGACUUUUACAUUUUGUAACCGAUAAAUUUUGAAAUAAAGUGCUAUCAACCCAA